AUCGUCAAUAAAAUCAUCUACUCUGGCAGUUCUGACCACACGGGUCGGGCCUGGGUGGCGGAGUUUGGCGACUGUACCCGAGUCUAUAAGGGACACAAGCACACAGUUAGUGUCAUCAAGAUCUACAACGGAAUGGUGUACACAGGUUCUGGUGACGGAACCAUCCGGAGAUUCGAGGCCAGGACUGGAGCUCUCGUGAGCUCUUACAUCGGACAAUCAUGUCUGAUCACAGGCAUUCAGAUGGUCGAAGGCAAACUGUUCACUUCAUCUUACGACGGGACCCUCAACGUAUGGGAGCUGAGGAACCCCGACCUCGAUGGGAAUGUCUCCAAGAACAACCCACAUUACAACAAUAACAACAACAAUAACAACAACGACCGCGCCAAAGAGAAGGUCAAGGACACCAUGAAAGAAGUGGAAAAAUAUGUCGGUCUGGAAGAUUCAAAAACAAGGAAUCACCAAACUGCAAACCAGGAAUCAGACAAAAUCAUGAUUGAUUGA